AUGGCGUUUACCGCCCUGUCCAGAUGUGCUGUGCUGUGCCAUCUCCGUCCUUAUGUUGGCUCUGUGUGUCUGGGUCGUCCUUACAUUCUGCUUCAUCUGGGUCGUGUCCAUUCUGGGUCAUUCAUGCUGUUGAUUCUGGGAUUGUCCUGGUCCGGUUUCCUGGGUCUGUGGUCAUUCCUGGGUGUGUGUCCAUGUCUGGAAGAAAAGCAGUCCAAGGGUCAGGAGAUUAGCAAGGAGGAGGAAAUAGAGGUGGAGAAGGCUAAAACAGGUGACUUAAAGGAUCUAAUGAAAGCCAGGUUUGUUGAUGAGUUGAUGCGUCGCGAGGCUGUCAGUGGCACGUUUGAGAUGACCGAGGGGACUGUGAAGCCAUUCAUGGUAUACCCUGCAGAGGACCCUGUUGUCCUGUUCUACAACUCUGACCGUGCCACCGACCUAACUGACAAGCCCUGGGACCCAGAGGCUGACUGUGAAUACCUGCGGAAGGGAAUGAGGGGAGCAGGUACUGACGAGGAUGCUAUCACCCAUGUUGUGGCCUCACGGUGUAAUCAGCAGAGACAGAAACUCAAAACCAUGUACAAGACCAUGUACGGACGGGAUCUGGUCGAGGAUAUUCACAGUGAGCUGAGCGGGGACUACCGAGAGUCGGUGAUGGCGUGUUUCGUGGACCCUGCCCACUAUGACGCCUGGUGUGUGAAGGAGGCCAUCUAUGGCCUAGGAACUGAUGAGGCUACACUGAUUGAGGUACUGAUGACUCGCACGAACCGACAGAUUGCUGAGAUGAAGAAGGUUUAUGGUGAUGUUGCAAGCCCAAAUCGCAAAGUCAGCGAUACUCUCAUUGAAAAAGAUAUAGAGGAUGACACGAGCGGAGACUUCAAACGCUUGCUGAUUUCUGCAUCCCAGGGCAACCGCUAUGAGAUCAGUCGGGACAGUCUGGAGGCAGCUGUGGAGGAGAUCGUUGCUGACGGCCAUGAGACUGGGAUGUUCCAGGUCAACUAUGAGAAGCUGUGUGACAUGGACAAGGCAAGGAGAGAUGCCCAGCUGUUGUUCAAGGCUGGAGAAGAUCGGUGGGGCACAGACGAGGAGACCUUCAACAGGAUCUUCUCCACCAGAGAUUACUACACCAUGAGAACCAUCUACAACGAGUAUGUCAAGAUCACUCAAAGAGACAUUUUGAACUCGGUUGAUCGUGAGACAUCUGGAAAUUUCAGGAAAGGGCUGUAUGCUAUUGCAAUGAACAUCCGCUGUCGACCAAUGUACUUUGCUGAGAAGUUGAGAGAUGCCAUGAAAGGACUUGGUACAGCAGAUAAAACCCUUAUCAGGAUCAUCGUAUCCAGGUCUGAGAUUGAUAUGGUUCAGAUAAAGGACUGUUUCCUGCAGCUGACCAAGCAGACCCUGUGGAGAUGGCUCAAGGACGACUGUAGUGGAGACUACAAGAAGCUGCUCCAGGCAGUGGUUGGUUGUAACUAGGUCAAGGUCAUGGCAAUUCAAGGCUGUCAUGUUCAAGGUCAAGGUUAUCACAUCUACAAGCAGACAUGGUCAAGAUCACCCAAUCUGUGUCCAUACAGGGUCAAGGUUUACAUUAUAUCUCAGAACAUAGAAACAAUGGUAUAUGGAGGCCAUUGAAUUGGAGCAGUGUCUACUGAGACAAGAGUAUACAUGAGUUUAUUUGGUGAUGCAAUAUUCUUUUUAAGCGGGCCAAAUAGGAAAUAGAUAUGCAUGCAUUAACUUGUCUUUUAUCACAUACUCUAUGUUAUUCUACAAACUAAAAAUUGGUAUCUUCACAAAUGGCCAUCUCUACUCAGGGUUCAAUGCACUGUUGCCACUCAUAUGAGUAAUUGUUUGUUCAGACAAACAUUCUUGGAGAAUUUUUCCAAUCUAUUUAUCUGUUAUUCGUAUUACAUGUGUUAAAUUGCGGGUUUUUUAAAUUUUACGGUGUUUUGUUGAUUGACUGAAAUAGUUACAAUUUCCAUUUAGGUGUUGUUAAAAUAUGCAAUAGCUGUUUGUUGAAAAUAUGUUUUUCUAUACAUUUUGUUUCCAAACGGCAGCAAAUUGAUGAAAAUGAAUGAUGAUAUGACCGACGCCAUGUUAGUCAUCAUCAGAUUUGAAUCUUGUACCUCAGAUUAAAGUAUCUUCAUGUCAUCAUCACUAAACACUUGAAUAAUUCGUGACUCCCAUACACUGAACUUGCAGUUGGAGGGGAACCAUUAAUUCAUGUUAUUUCAGAAACCUGAAUGGGUUACGAUCUUGAUUGUGAUGUUGUCUCAUGACCGAAUUACCACUGAAAUAGCCAGUGAAGUAGAAAAUUAUGACAUCUCUCUAAAAAAUUAGCUAAAUGUACCAAAAGAGCAGUGUUGAAGUGAACAUGUCUAACGUUAUGUACAAUAUACCGAUACUCUCUGCAAUGGCUGUGUAUGAGAUAUUGUGUUUAGAUAGCUUUUUACUGUGAUGUACCUGGUACCUUCUAAAUAUACAUAAAAAACCUCUCAUUAGUUGCUUGAAAUCUUUUUCUGAGGUAUAAUCUUGGAUGUUAAAUCUUAUCAUUUUUAAUACUUAUUCUGCCAUACUAACCAAGUGAUUCAUCUGGUAAAUAAAUGAUAUGUCUAUGGCUGCCAACAAGGCAUAGACUUUGUUUUCUGAUCACAUCUUUUUGUGUAUUGCAAAUGUUCAAAUAAAGAUUUCUGCUGUUUGUCUGAAAGCUUUUUAUGAAAUUAGAGGUUAAACAUCACCACUCAACAGUAAGAUCUUGGAGGUUAAAUCUCACCUGUCUAAAUACUUAUUCAACCAUACUCACUCAGUGAUUCAUCUUUGUAUCAGGUAAGUGAAUCAUAUGUCUAUGGCCGUCAACAAAGCAUUGACUUUUUUGACCACAUCUUCUUGUGUAUUGUAAUAAAGAUUUCUACUGUC